AUGACAACAGACGAGGCGGAGAGCCACCAGAAGAAGCCAAGGCCGCAGGAGGAAGCCGGCCAGGACGCCAGGCCACCCUCACCAGAGGAGGAGCAGCUCCGGCCUCGAAACCGCAACUCUGCGAGCCGCGGCCUCUCCCGCCUCUUCUCUUCCUUCCUGAAGAGGCGCUCACAGUGUGAGAGCGAGGCGGGAGAGAAGGAGGACAAGCAAGAGGAAGAAGAAGCUAAAGCCCCCAUCGCUGACCCUGAACCAGAACUGAGGACAGAGGGAGAGGUCGCCCUGGAUCAGCACUCGGUAAACAGUGCUGAGGCUCAGGCUGUCCAGGUAGAGAAGAAAGAAGCUGAGGCAGAGGAGGAGGAGGGUGGAAAGGACAAAGAAAACGAUAAGGAGAAAGGAGAGGAGGCUGCCCUGGAGAACGACGAGGACAAAGAAAGGGAGGAGGAGAAGGAGUCUGAUCCUGAAGGAGGGAGUAAGGGAGAGAACGAGGAGAAGACAACAGAGGAGGAGGCCAAAGCUCCCAGAGCUCCACGCCGACCCAAGACCAUGCAGAUCAAAAUCACUCUGCUCGAUGACGCUCUGUAUGAGUGUGAGCUGGAUAAACACGCCACAGGCCAGGAGCUGUUCAUGAAGGUGUGUGACCAUCUGAACCUGCUGGAGAAAGACUACUAUGGCCUUGUCAUCUGGGACACGCCUACCAUGAGGACUUGGAUGGACCUGGCCAAGGAGAUCCGCAGGCAGGUACAAGGUGCCGACUACAAUUUCACUUUCAAUGUGAAAUUCUAUCCACCGGACCCAGCCCAACUUUCUGAAGACAUAACAAGGUACUACCUGUGUCUCCAGCUGCGGAAGGACAUCCUGCAGGGUCGCCUUCCAUGCUCCUUCGUGACGCUGGCCCUUCUGGGCUCCUACGCGUUGCAGUCAGAGCUGGGCGAGUACGACCCUGAGGUGCAUGGCAGUGAAUAUGCGAAGGGAAUGAAAAUGGCUCAGGGUCAGACCAAGGAGCUUGAGGUCAAAAUGAUGGAGCUCCACCACACAUACAGGAUAAUGAGUCCAGCCCAGGCAGACCUGAUGUUCCUUGAGAAUGCCAAGAAAUUGUCUAUGUACGGAGUGGACCUCCACCAGGCCAAGGAUCUGGAUGGCGUUGACAUCAUGUUGGGGGUUUGCUCCAGUGGUCUGAUGGUUUACAAAGACAAACUGAGGAUCAACCGUUUCCCUUGGCCCAAAGUCCUCAAAGUCUCAUACAAACGCAGCAGCUUCUUCAUCAAAAUAAGACCAUCAGAGGUGGAACAGUAUGAAAGUGCAAUUGGUUUCAAACUGCCCAAUUACAAGGCAGCCAAGAAAAUGUGGAAAGUGUGUGUGGAGCAUCACACCUUCUUCAGGCUUACCUCCAGUGAGAUGGUCACCACCCCUAGGAAGUUCCUGGCACUGGGCUCCAAGUUUCGCUACAGUGGUCGGACUCAAGCUCAGACCAGACAGGCAAGCUCUCUGAUUGAUAGACCAGCUCCUCUGUUCCAGCGUUCGUCCAGCAAGAGGAACUCGCGCAGCCUGGAUGGAGCCAUGGCGUCCACUCCCGACAACAAAUCCACUCGCCCGGUCAGUGCCCCUGUUAUGUCACCGGUGUCCCCGGGGGAGGCAUCCCCAUCUCCGCUGCUGCCCACCCUGCAUCGCUCUGUCCGCCAUGAUGGCUACACUCCCAAAAGUCACCGCUCUGCAGACAGGAAGGCAGAGAUGAAGAGGGAAAGUCAGUCAGCUGAGUAUACCAGGAGCCACAGCCCUAGACCAGAGUCCACUCCGGAGAUCAAGACAGUGGCCAGGAGAGAGCGGAGGCACUCCCCCACUGUGACCACCGCCAAUGGAGAAAGAGAGAAAAAGAGCCAGCACUCUCCUCAGGACAAAACAAAGACGGAGGUGGUGCGAGUGAGGAAGAAAAGAGCAAAGAAACUUGAGGGUGAAACUAUUUAUAUCAGACAUAGCAAUUUAAUGUUGGAGGACGUGGAUAAGACCCAGACUGGAAUCAUGCGUCAUCACACUAGCAUCAGUGAGCUGAAGAGGAGUUUCAUGGAGUCAGUGCCGGAACCUCGUCCCAGUGAGUGGGACAAGCGUCUUUCCACCAACUCACCUUUCCGCACAGCGAGCAUCAAUGGCCAGCUCCCGCCAGCGUCUCCUGUGCUAAAGACCCAGACAAUCACCAUCUCAGAUGUCACCAACUCCCUGAGAGGAACCGUGACCUACAAGGACGUCCCCUUAGUUCACACUGAGACCAAGACCAUUACAUAUGAGUCAGCACAGGUGUCUCUCCCACAGCCGGUGGACAGCCUGGCAGAGAGGAACUCAGGGGUACUGCUGAGUGCUCAAACCAUCACCUCCGAGACCAUCAGCACCACCACCACCACCCAAAUCACCAAGACGGUGAAAGGAGGGAUGUCUGAAACUCGCAUUGAGAAGAGAAUCGUCAUCACUGGAGACACUGAAAUUGAUCAUGACAAGGCUUUGGCUCAGGCCAUUAAAGAGGCAAAAGAGCAGCACCCAGAUAUGUCCGUUACCAAAGUGGUUGUGCACCAGGAAACAGAGAUCACCCCAGAGUAACAUAGGCUGAUCCUUUUGAAGACCCCUCAGCUGCCCCCACUUCUCCCUCCUUUUGUGUGUCGACAUCACACCAUUUUACCUCAGCACCCCCCAGCCAUUACACCCAAAUGCACUGCCUUUGUGACGUGAAUCACCAGACCACAGGAGAGAGAACGAACAUCAACAUUGAACUAUGAACUUUCCCAUGAGCAUGGAGUUCAGCCUGAAGGAUACAGUCACCAGAACAUUCCCAAGAACCCCCCUGUAUUCCCCACAAUCCCCGUCUUGUUCCAGUUACUGCCAAAAGAACAACCACUGGACUCACAAAAGAGGGAAAUUUAAGAGAAAAAAAAAAGAAAAUAAAGUAAAUCAUGAGUGGAAAUUUCUCUGGGUUUUAAGACAAUUUUUCAAGGGUAUUUGGUGUUUUAAUCUUGAGAUUACUGGUACUUUAUUUUUCUACAGUUUUUCUUAACAUCAGAAUUGGUUACCGAUAACUUGGAAAUUAAGCGUUUUUUAACAAUGUUAUCAAAAAAGCAUCAACUGCGGGAUUGUGGGUGAUUUUUCUUGGGAUUGUAUACAAUGGGAGAUGAGGAUCCCUCUCAAAUUUUAGCACGGGUUUGGUGUCAUUUCUUGUACAGUAAAUAUGUAUUUUCCCUCUCAAUGUGAAAAUAAUAUUUUUUCAAGUCAUGUAUAAAAAAAAAGAUUGAUUUUACCAAACCGGGGGGCUAGUACUCCUUCACCUUAUUUAAAGUUAUGACUUGUUCAUUUGUUGAGUGAUUUUUAAAUCUUUGAUUGUUUUAGUUGUUCUUGUUGUUAUUGUUGUCGUGCUUGUGUCACUAGAACAGGGCUUUAUCAGGACCAAGGAGACAGCAGUGUAAUGAAAUUACCUUUUGUUUAUUUAUACCCAACCCUAUCGUAUUUUUGUGUGUUUCGCAUUUUGAGAUAUACUCAGCACACUUGUAUGUAACCUCAAGAUUUUUUACUGAGAACAUUUCAGUCAUCCCAUACAGUUAAUUACAGUCUACUAAUUGAUUUUAGCAUUUACAGUGGUUAUGCAUAUUUUUCCAUUUCUACUCCUCCACUAAAUGGGCAGUGUGUACUCAUCCAGGGAGAGGGAAGUCAAAUGGCAAUUUCAUAAGUAUUGCAUGUCAUUGUCAACACAUUCCAUUCUUUAAUUACACCAGGUCCAAAUGUAAAAGCUGUGAAUUUAAGAUCUCUGCUUAAGCUUAAAGUGGAAUUCCAAUUUAAAGUUGAUUUCAUAGUUUUGUUUAUCUUCAUAACAUCUCACAAAGUAAUUGAUCACAUCUGGGAACAACAUGGCAUCACUAACAAAGUCAAUAAACACAGAAAGAACAGUUUAUCAAGAAUAUCUAGACAUUUUAAACAAUCUAUAAUCAUGUAAAAUUAGAUGAUUUUAUACUGCUUUUAAAUGAAUAACAUAAUAGUCAAAAUAAAUACAAAUAUUGAAUGAAAGGUUAGAAUAAAAUUGGCUAGUUUUGUUUUUUGUUUUGUUUGAAUGUGUGAAGCUGCAGCAAGUUUCUGUUUCAACAUUUGAUUGACUUUAAUUACAUUAUUCUGUUUUUGCUCGGAAAAUGUAUUAUCAAAUGUCAUUUUUAAAUUGAAUAUUCCCAUUACAUAAACUCAGGAAUUAGCUCUGAGCUGAAAUUCUUACAAUCAUACCAAGUGUCUCUGACACAGAGUAUGGAUGCCGUUAGUUACUGCUAGCUGCUAUUUAUUUGUAAGCCAUCAAAUUUAGCUGUAAACGAGUGAAACAAAGUAAGUAUAAUCAACGUUUGUAGGUCAUACAGUCAACAUGAUGUCUGUACAAUGUAAAUCUUGGUACACAAAACAGUCAAGCAAAUGAUUUAAAACCAAAUAAGACAUGUGUCAUAUAGCUUAGGAUCUGCAUAAAAUGUUAAUGUCCUGUGGAGUGGGAGAGAUGAUUUUCAUUUAUGGUAAAUAGAAGAAGACCCAGAGUAGAUCCAUGUGGGACACCAGUAUUAACCAUAAGUGCACCUUAGUGAACUGCUGAGUUAUUCCUGAGAUGAUGUUAAAAAACAUUGAAUGGACAGUUCAUGUGAACUCAAAAUUAGUUUUCAGUUAAAUACUAGUCAACAGUUUAUAAUGCCCUCAAUUUAUUUCAUAAUUCUCCUUUAAAUAGGCUUUGAUCUUCUUUAAACUAUUACUUUAAUCUGAAUAGUCUAAGAAUUGGCAUACUGCUUGUGUUAUUAUUAUAGUGUACCAAGACAAGAGGAGCAAAAUAAAACCCUGCUCAGUAGACACUGCCCAUUUAGAUCAUAUUUAUUAUAGCACAUGCAAUUUACAUUUUGUUUAUUUUAUUUAUUAUCAUGCCUCUUUAGAACACAAUAUUUUGUACAGUCAUCCCAAAAUGUUACUUAUUUUAUCGUGAUGUCAUCUUAUAUGUGGCACUCCCUUUUCUCAUCGGAAAUAAGCAAGCCAUCAUUUCUACGUUUCUUGAAUGUGAACCCUCAUUUUACCAUUACAGGAAGUCAUCUAGUGAAAGAGCAGCACA